AUGGCUGUACCCCCUUCGGCUCCCCUGCCGUGCUCGCCCUUUUACCUGAGGAGGCAGGCGCCUUGCCCGCAGUGCUCAUGGGGCAUGGAGGAGAAGGCUGCGGCCGGCGCGGGCUGCCGGGAACCGCCGGGCCCCCCGAGGGCCGCCGCCGUCCCGUGCUUCGGCAUAUCCGUGGACCAGGACGACAUCCUCCCCGGAGCCCUGCGCCUCAUCCGGGAGCUGCGGCCGCAUUGGAAGCCCCAGCAAGUUCGGACCAAGCGCUUCACUGAUGGCAUUACCAACAAGCUGGUGGCCUGCUACGUGGAGGAAGACAUGCAGGACUGUGUGCUGGUCCGGGUGUACGGGGAGCGGACGGAGCUGCUGGUGGACCGGGAGAAUGAGGUCAGGAACUUCCAGCUGCUGCGAGCACAUGGCUGUGCCCCCAAACUCUACUGCACCUUCCAGAAUGGGCUGUGCUACGAGUACAUGAGGGGAAUGGCCCUGGGGCCAGAGCACAUCCGUGAGCCCCGGCUCUUCAGGCUAAUUGCCUUAGAAAUGGCAAAGAUUCACACCAUCCACGCCAACAGCAGCCUGCCCAAGCCCAUCCUCUGGCACAAGAUGCACAAUUACUUCACCCUUGUGAAGAACGAGAUCAACCCCAGCCUUUCUGCAGAUGUCCCUAAGGUCGAGGUGUUGGAACAGGAGCUGGCGUGGCUGAAGGAGCACCUGCCUCAGUUGGAAUCCCCUGUGGUGUUUUGCCACAAUGAUCUGCUCUGCAAGAACAUCAUCUACGACAGCACCAAAGGUCAUGUACGGUUCAUUGACUAUGAAUAUGCCGGCUAUAACUACCAAGCUUUUGACAUUGGCAACCAUUUCAAUGAGUUUGCAGGUGUGAAUGAGGUCGAUUACUGCUGGUACCCAGCGCGGGAGACCCAGCUGCAGUGGCUGCGCUACUACCUGCAGGCACAGAAGGGGAUGGCUGUGACCCCCAGGGAGGUGGAGAGGCUCUAUGUGCAAGUCAACAAGUUUGCCCUGGUGAGUGCUUGCCUGAGCUCUGCCUUAGGGAUUUCUCUUGUCUGGCUUAGGCUGGGGAACAAGUUUGGGGGGCUCACUACACUGAUCUUCUCUGAUGUGUUUUCAGGCGUCUCACUUCUUCUGGGCACUCUGGGCCCUCAUCCAGAGCCAGUUCUCCACCAUCGACUUUAA